GUCCCUGCCAACUCUCAUAUUGCCACUCUAUUGAUUUUCGGUCGACACCAUUCCCAUGGUGCUGGUUUUCGGCGAUAGGGAUGGUCUGACGGAAGCUGAAUGGAAAAGAUCGAAACUCACCUCUCUCAGCUGAAGACUUACAGUAUCUUGUAUGCGUUUUCUUCAAUAUAGUUAGACACAGACUGCCGUCGACACGUCACAGAUCGCCCUACUUGCGGGGCACUUAGUAGUGCACAGCACCGGGCACCUUCUCAGAAAGCUGUCACUUCUGCCGACACCAUGGGCGGUCACGGAUAUCCGACUUUACGUCCCUAUUUCGGGCUUGCAACGGCGACGCCUCCAAACCAACAACGCGGUACUUGGUGCCCUCAAUGCUUUCCUGUUCUGGUUGCGCCAAUUGCGCUGUAUCGGAUCACCUUUGGUCAUACCCAACGCUUCGUUUCCCAAGGAUUCUGCCUACAUGUUUCAACAACUUUCUCGCAGUCUGGCUCUUCGCGAUGAUCGCGCUUAACUGUGCCUUGACUUCCCACAUGCAUGAUCGGAAUUGAUCGCAAUGGUUGCCUGGGUAGGAGACUGAAGUGCUUCCCGAACGGUUCAGGUGCAGUAAGUGGCCUCGGACUCCAACUACCAGAGCCCUCAUAUUCGUCCUUCUUUGGCCCCAAAUGCCUCACUUUAGUACAUUGGUUUCUCUUAUUGUCCUCGCUAUGUCGUUGGGCUCUGACGCGGCAAUUGGCCCGGUCACUGACCUCGACAUAGCGAACGCCGCAAUCUCUCCAGACGGUUUCUCCCGUCAGGCUGUCCUCGCGGGAGGUACCUUUCCUGGACCUGUUAUCACUGGCAACAAGGGUGAUAACUUCCAGAUUAACGUUGUCAAUCAACUCACCGAUGCCGACCAGCUCAAGACCACAACCAUUCAUUGGCAUGGUUUCUUCCAAGCUGGCAGCAACUGGGCUGACGGUGCCGCCUUCGUCAAUCAAUGUCCUAUCGCGUCUGGCAACUCCUUCCUGUACAACUUCAACGCAGGUGAUCAAGCUGGAACCUUCUGGUACCAUAGUCACUUGUCUACACAGUACUGUGAUGGCUUGCGAGGUGCCCUCAUCGUGUACGACCCAGAUGAUCCUCACGCCAGUCUUUAUGACGUCGAUGAUGAAACCACUAUCAUCACCCUUGCAGAUUGGUAUCAUACAUUGGCUCGCGAGGGUCUUGCCUUCCCUACCGCUGAUGCCACCUUGAUCAACGGAUUGGGUCGAUAUGACCUUGGACCCGACUCAGAUCUGGCUGUCAUCAGCGUUGAGUCCGGAAAACGUUAUCGGUUCAGGCUGCUUGCCAUUUCAUGCGAUCCCGCAUACACAUUCUCCAUUGACAAUCACACCAUGACCAUCAUUGAAGUCGAUGGCAUAAAUAGUGAACCCCUCGCUGUUGACUCACUUCAAAUUUUUGCUGGUCAGAGGUAUUCGUUCGUGCUCGAAGCGAAUCAGUCAGUUGACAACUACUGGAUUCGUGCGGAGCCUAACGUCGGCACUACCGGUUUCUCAAACGGCAUCAAUUCGGCUAUUUUGCGUUACGUUGGGGCUAACGAGACUGAACCGGUCACGGAACAGACUACGAGCACUUCACCGAUGAGCGAGGUUGAUCUGCGUCCACUUGAUAAUGCCGCAGCCCCCGGGGAUGCCGUUGCAGGCGGUGUUGACCUAGCUCUAAACCUUGACUUUGCAUUUGACGGCACUACCGCUCAAUUUACUGCCAAUGGCGUUACCUUCGUUCCCCCCACUGUACCCGUUUUGCUUCAGAUCAUGAGUGGCACUGUGGAUGCUACGGACUUGCUUCCUGCCGGUGCCGUGUACUCAUUGCCUGGCAGCUCCACCAUCGAGAUCAGCAUGCCGGGUGGCGCCGUUGGUGGUGGACAUCCCCUCCAUUUGCAUGGUCACGUUUUCAAUGUCGUCCGUAGUGCAGGCAGCACCGACUACAACUAUGCCAACCCCAUCCGUCGCGAUACGGUCAACAUUGGUGCCGCUGGUGACAAUGUUACAAUUCGCUUCACGACCGACAACCCGGGACCGUGGUUCCUCCACUGUCAUAUUGAUUUCCAUCUGGAAGCUGGGUUUGCUGUGGUUUUCGCUGAGGAUAUCAAUAAUACCGUAUCGGCCAAUCCCGUUACCACCGAAUGGAGCGACCUCUGCCCCACCUAUGAUGCCCUUGAUUCUUCGGACCAUUAAGUGCUUUCAAUAGAGAGGAAGCAAUGGGAUGAAGAUGGACCUUCUUUAAUGUCUUGAAUAUUUACUGUCACAACACCCCUCCUUUUGGACUAUGUAUGCGACUAUAGAAGCAAAUAAUCAUGGAAUCUGUCUAGAGAGCAGAGAAUUUGUUCAGU